AUGAAUUUCACCGCCGCAAGGAAUCAAUCGCAAUUGCGAGGGCCAAGGCCGCCGCCGUUGACGGUGAACAAAUCCUCCACUAACAUUUUCAAGAAAUCGACGAAGAAUCCUAAUCAACACAAUCGCCGUUCUCCGAUAAUCAUUUACCUCCGAUCGCCGAAGAUCAUCCAUGUUCGGCCUGAGGAGUUCAAAAGCUUCGUUCAACGUCUCACCGGAAAUCGAUCCUCUGUAGCCGUCGUCGCGUCGUCCUGUUCUGCUAGUGGAAUGAUUACGGAUCAUUCUGGUGAGGAAUUUGUAUCCGCGUGCAAUUGCAUUCCGUCGUAG